GUUGGAAAUGGCCUGACAUACACCAAAGGCAAAUUGGCAGCUAAAAACGCGAAUUAAACUAAAAUGAUGGACGAGCAGCUAAUCGACGAGGUGGCGCAGCACGGGGUGAUCUACAACCGGCAGAAGUACUACCUGAACGGAGGCGCCAACGGCGGAAAGUACGAGACGAAGGACGAGGCCUGGCAGCUGAUAGCGAUGAAGUUGCGCACGGACGUGGACACGUGCAAGAAGCGGUGGAAGUACCUGCGCGAGCGGUACGUCUCCCAGCGAAAGCAGGGUGAUCCACCCGUCUACGAACACCUGUCGCGUCCCUACCUGGAGAAGAUGAAGUUCCUGGACCAGCACAUCCAGCCGCGCAAGUCCUACCGCCAUGUGCCGAACUUCCUAACUUCACCGCAGUCGGCGAACAGCUCCAGCUACAACGAGUACCAGGUGGACAAGUCGAAUGGCUCCAUGAAGAAUGUGGCUCAGUUUAACAGCUCGGGCCAGAGCCACCACUACCACCAGCCAGAUCAGCAGCAUGCCAUGAGUGCUCUGAGUACAGCGGCAGCUUCGGCGCUGGAAAACGUCAAUGGCCAGGUGAAGAUCGAGGCGGACCAGGUCUUCAGGGACUUCGCGGCGGCCGUGGCCUCGCAGCAGCUCCAGCACAUCUCACAGUCACAAAUGCAACAGCAGGCGGCGGCCGUGGCCGCUGUGAUGGCCGACUCUUCGCAAGGAUAUCAGGAUCAGUAUAAGGACGGUUCCGUGGUCGUGAAUGGCGUCCAGACCAGCGCCGGCAGCCUGACCUCCACGUCUUCCUCUAUGAAAUCACCGCUUUCGUCGCCGUUGCAAGGAAUUGGGGCGGGUACCCAUCAUCCUCAGCAGCAGCAGCAACAUCAGCAACAGCAACAACAGCAGCAGCAGCAAUCCCAGCAACAGUCGCCGGUUUCUGGUCAGCAACUUCCGGUGGUACAUUCCUCUUCCAGUGCCGCAGGCGGUUCCAUCAGCGCUAGUUCAAACCUACAAAUGCAUCCGUCAAACGUUUACAACCCCAAGGGCGAUGACCUGGACUCUUCGGCAUCCAGCAAUUUCCACAUGAAGAAACCCCGGGUACAACUCAAUGGCAGUACCCACAACCAGAUGACCAGCAAUGGCAGCCACUUUGGCAACGACUCUGAUGACGAUUCCGAUGACAAUAGCCAUGAUCUGAUGGAGCCUCAGGUGUUGAUGCAGAACGAUAAUCACUAUAGCAAUUCGAUGAACAUGCAGCGUGGUAAUGGAAAUGGAAAUAGCAGUGGCAGUAAUAGCGGGAGCAAUAAUACCAGCGGCAACAGCGCCAAUAACAGCCACAACAAUCAGCAGCCACAGCAACAGCAGCACCAGAACAUGUUUCCGUCAAACACGGACUUCCUUUUCCAGUUGUACCAGCAGUUUCCACACCAGGCCACCAGCUCACACCCCUCAAACUUCGGGAAAUUCCAAGCACCGCCCAAUCAUCCGGGUGUCCAACGAUUGUCGGAGCAUCUGCUGGGCGAGUUGGUCACCACGGAGCUCCUCAAGAUGAAUAAGGAGCGCAAGAAAAGUGCACAAAAACGAAUCCUAGAAAUACUGUUCUUCGACGAUUAAAGGGCUAGCCCCUUAGUUUCUGUAAAUAGUGUAAUCUAUAUAAUUCAUAACUUAAGUUAGCUAUUAUUCAGUCAGAAUAUUGAGUCGCAUUGGUCCAAAAUCCCACCAAGAAGGCAUUUGCAAAGCUGUCGAUCGCUUUUCAACUGUGCUAGUCAAGACCAGCAAUCGGGAUGGCCCAAAUGGGAUUCCGAAUCUGCAUUAAUUUAUAUAUGUAUUUUUAAGUUAUAAGUGGUUUUAAUUUAUUCAAAAGUGUUUAUUAAACUGUAUGCAAAGGAAAGGAAUAAUGUG